GGCUGGGGCUCUGAGCUCAGCAGGAGCCGGAGGCAGGUCUGAGGGGUCACCUCGAGAGCACCCCUUCCUCUGCUGAGCACAGCCCCCACGGGAUCCAGGCAGGAAGGCGGCCGGGACUCUCCAGAGGCCACUCUUGAUGAUCUGCGGGUGAUCCAAAACAGCGGAUACGACAGAAGACAAGCCGCAGAGCUGAGCCCGGGCUCAGGGGACCGAUGGCCCAGAGGCUGCCCCCUCGAGCGAUGGCUCCAUGGGUCUGGGGUCUGACCAUCCUCAGCUGCUUCUGGGCUUCUGGCGCCUCCCAGCCCCGGCGGCUGGACUUCUUCUCGAGCCCCUCCGAGCUCAACCACCUGGUCACGGACCCUGCCACGGGCACCGUCUACCUGGGGGCGGUCAACAGGCUGUACCAGCUCACGGCCGACCUGCGCCUGGUCCAGGAGUACAUCACGGGCCCGGCCAAAGACAAUAAGAAGUGCACCCCGCCCAUCGAUACCACCCACUGCCAAGAGGCCAUGGACACCGACAACGUGAACAAACUGCUGGUGCUGGACAGGCCCAAGGCCCGGCUGGUCGUGUGCGGGAGUCUGUUCAAGGGCAUCUGCACCCUGCACCACAAAGACAACAUCUCCGAGGUGCUCUUCUACGAAGACGACAGCGGCGAGAAGUCCUUCGUGGCCAGCAACGACGAGCGGGUGGCCACCGUGGGGCUGGUGACGGACUUGCCCAGGGCCCCGGCCGGGACAGAGUGCCCGUGCGACCGGGUGCUCUUCGUCGGCAAGGGCAACGGGCCCCACGACAACGGCAUCAUCAUCAGCACGCGCCUGCUGGACCGGCAGGAUGGCAAGGAGCCCUUCGAGGCCUACACGGACCACACGGCCUUCAAGACGGGCUACCUGGUGCCCAACACGCAGCAGUUCGUGGCCGUGUUCGAGGACGGCGCCUACGUCUUCUUCAUCUUCAACCAUCAGGACAAGCACCCGGCCAAGAACCGGACGCUCAUCGCCCGCAUGUGCAAACACGACCCGUCGUACUACUCCUACUUCGAGAUGGAUCUGGAGUGCCACCGGGACGGGGAGACCUUCGGCGUCUGCCUCGCGGCCUCGGUCGCCACGCCGGGGGGCCCGGCGUCCCCGCGGCCGGAGCCGGGGGCGGAGGGCGGCGGCACGGCGCCCAGCCGGCAGGUGCUGUACGCCGUCUACAGCAAAGACGGCCAGAGCGGAGGGGGCCUCCGCUCGGCUCUCUGCUCCUUCCCGCUGGAUCAGAUCAACAAGAAGAUGGAGGCCAACCGGGACACGUGCUACACCCGGGUGCGGGAGGAAGGCCGAGACAUCUUCUACAAGCCUUUCCACGGGGAGCAGUUGCAAUCCCAGUGCGGCAAGCAUGCGCAGGGGGACAGCCUGCGCUUCCCUUGUGGCUCCGAGCACCUUCCCUACCCGCUGGGCAGCCGGGAUGGGCUGGUGGGUGAGCCUCUGCUCCAGAAGGAGGGCUUGAAGCUGACGGCCGUCGCAGUGGCAACCGAGGAGGGACACAACGUGGCGUUCUUGGGCACGUCCAACGGCCAGAUCCUCAAGGUGUUCCUGGCAGCCAGCGGAGACGCCACGGAGUAUGGGACCAUCACGGUGGAUCUCAACAAGCGCAUCAAGAAUGACCUCCUACUGUCGGCGGACGGGCUGAACAUCUACUCCAUGACGCAGGACAAGGUUUUCCGUCUGCCAGUUCAGGACUGCACGGCCCUCUCCACCUGCUUGGAGUGUAGACAGUCGAUGGAUCCAUACUGCGGGUGGUGCGUCUUCGAGGGCAGGUGUACCCGGCGUACCGACUGCUCCCAGGCGGAGGAGGCUGACCGCUGGCUCUGGAGCCGCAACAGUUCCUGCCCAGCAGUGACCAGCGCCCAGCCGCAGAACAUGAGCCGGCGGGCUCGCGGCCAGGUCCGUCUGACCGUGAGCCCCUUCCCCACGUGGAUGGAAACAACCGAGUUCCUGUGCCAGUUUGGGCAGGAGCCAUCCCACCCCGCCCACCUGGACAGCGGGACCAUCGUGUGUGAUUCCCCGGUCAACGUGCCCCCAACGCCCCAGGGCCAAGACCACGUCGCCGUCCCCAUCACGCUCACCUUCAUGAGGAACAUGAUCUUCUUCACCUCCCACAUCUACCCGUUCUACGACUGCAAGGAGGCCAUGACCCUGACCACCAACCUCCCGUGCAUUUCCUGUGCCAGUAACCGGUGGAACUGCCAGUGGGAUCUGAAAUAUCACGUGUGCCGGGAAUCCUCGCCCAACCCAGAGGAAGGAAUCAUCAAGUCAAACAUGGAAGACGGUUGCCCACAGUUCCUGGACCCCAACCCCCUGGUCAUCCCCAUGAACCACGAGACCGACGUGACUUUCCAGGGAAAGAAUCUGGACAGCGUCCAGAUGACCUCCCUGAUGGUGGGAAAUGAGUUGUUGGCAUUUGAGAAGCCAGCCAUCAUGCUGGAAGAGGGCAGGUUCUCCUUCCGGACCCCCAAGUUGUCCUUGGACACCAUCGAGACAGUGCCGCUCAACCUGUAUGUCCGGUCCUACGGGAAACACAUCGACAGCAAACUGCAGGUGACCCUGUACAACUGCUCCUUCGGCCGCAGCGACUGCAGCCUGUGCUUAGCGGCCAGCUCGGAGUAUCAGUGCGUCUGGUGCGGCGGGCAGGGCCGUUGCCUCUACCAGGCCUCCUGCAGCGAUCCCACCACCCAGUGCCCCAACCCGGUCAUCACCAAGAUCCAGCCGGAGACCGGGCCUCUGGGCGGGGGCAUCCGCCUGACCAUCAUGGGCUCGAAUCUGGGAGUGCAGGCCAGCGAUGUCCAGCGCAUCACCGUGGCCGGCCGGAACUGCACCUUCUACCCGGCCCUCUACUCCGUGUCCACCAGGAUCGUGUGUACGGUCGAGCCCGGAGAGGAGAAUAUGACUGGCGGCAUCGAAGUCGACAUCAAUGGGAAACUGGGCCAGUCCCCUCCCCAUGUCCAGUUCAAGUACCAGAAGCCACAGGCCACGAAGAUCGAGCCCAUAGAGGGGCCCCUCGCCGGAGGGACCCUCAUCACCGUCACCGGCGACUACCUGGACACCGGCUUCCGUGAAGACGUCAACGUCUCCCUGGGAAAUAUCCCCUGCGUUGUGGUCUCGUUUGGUAAGGAGAUCACGUGCCGGACGGGCCCCUCCAGCUCCCUGGUUGAGGCGUCGGUGUCGGUGACCUACGGAAGCUUCCUGGCCUCCAAUGGGAACAUCGUCUUCUUCUAUCGAGAUAACCCGGUCGUCCAAGGGUUUGAGCCUGGCCGCAGCUUCAUGAGCGGCGGCCGGAACAUCAACGUGACGGGCCAGGGCUUCGCCCUGAUCCAGAAUUUCUCCAUGGUGGUGAUCGCUCAGCCCGUGCCUUCCCGGCGGAAGCGGCGCCAGGCCAGAAACCCGCAGGCCACCACGGUCGUGGGCACCAACGUCACCAGGUACAGCGACACGAAGAUCGUCUUCCUGUCUCCUCCCCUGCCGGAGUACUCAGAACCGUACAACAUCACCACCCUCCUCCAGAUGGACGGGCACCGGGUGCCCCUCAAGACAGACUCCAGCACCUUCGAAUACGUGCCCGAUCCCACCUUUGAGAACUUCACCGACGGCAUCAAGAAACAAGUCAACAAACUGAUCCACGCUAAGGGGACGAACCUGAACAAGGCCAUGACCAUCCACGAGGCCGAAGCCUUCGUCGGAGAGGAACGUUGCUUCAUGAAGACCCUGACGGAGACGGACCUGUACUGCGAGCCCCCCGAGGUGCAGCCGCCCCCGAAGAAGCGACAGAAAAGGGACACCACCGCCAACCUUCCAGAGUUCACCGUCCGGUUCGGGACACGCGAGUGGACCCUGGGGCGGGUGGAGUACGACACACGGCCCAGCGACACGACUCUGAGCGUCAUCCUGCCGCUGGUCAUCAUCCCCAUGGUCGCCAUCAUCGCCAUCUCCAUCUACUGCUACAGGCGGAAAAGCCAACAGGCAGAGAGGGAGUAUGAGAAGAUCAAGUCGCAGCUGGAGGGGCUGGAGGAGAGCGUACGGGAUCGCUGCAAGAAGGAGUUCACAGACCUGAUGAUUGAGAUGGAGGACCAGACCAAUGACGUGAGCGACGCCGGGAUCCCCGUGCUGGACUACAAGACGUACACCGACCGGGUGUUCUUCCUGCCGUCCAAGGAUGGGGAGAAGGACGUCAUGAUCACCGGGAAGCUGGACAUCCCCGAGGCCCGGAGGCAGACUGUGGAGCAGGCCCUCAACCAGUUCUCCAACCUGCUCAACAGCAAGACGUUUCUGAUCACCUUCAUCCACACACUGGAGAACCAGCGGGAGUUCUCCGCCCGGGCCAAGGUGUACUUUGCGUCGCUGCUGACGGUGGCUCUGCACGGGAAGCUGGAGUAUUACACCGAUAUCCUCCGCACUCUGUUCCUCGAGCUCAUGGACCAGUACGUUGGGGCCAAGAACCCCAAGCUCAUGCUCCGAAGGUCAGAGACGGUGGUGGAAAGGAUGCUGUCCAACUGGAUGUCCAUCUGUCUGUACCAGUACCUCAAGGACAGUGCCGGCGAGCCUCUGUACAAGCUGUUCAAGGCCAUCAAGCACCAGGUGGAGAAGGGGCCCGUGGACGCCGUGCAGAGGAAAGCCAAGUACACGCUGAACGACACGGGCCUGCUGGGCGACGACGUCGAGUACAGCCAGCUGACGGUGAGCGUCAUCGUGCAGGACGAAGGCACGGACCCCGUCCCGGUCAAGGUCCUGAACUGCGACACCAUCUCCCAAGUCAAGGAGAAGAUCAUCGACCAGGUGUAUCGGACGCUGCCCUGCUCGCAGUGGCCCAGAGCCGACAGCGUGGUCCUCGAGUGGCGGCCGGGCUCCACGGCGCAGAUCCUGUCGGACCUGGACUUGACCUCCCUGCGGGAUGGCCGGUGGAGACGCAUCAACACGCUGAUGCACUACAACGUGCGGGACGGAGCCACCCUCCUCCUGUCCAAGGUGGGCGUCUCUCAGCAGCCGGAGGACAACCAGCAGGAUGCUCCUGGGGAGCGCCAGGCCCUGCUGGAGGAUGAGAACAAAGUCUGGCACCUGGUGCGGCCGAUGGACGAGGUGGACGAGGGCAGGUCCAAGCGGGGCAGCGUCAAGGAGAAGGAGCGGACGAAGGCCAUCACCGAGAUCUACCUGACGCGGCUUCUCUCCGUGAAGGGGACGCUGCAGCAGUUCGUGGACGACUUCUUCCACAGCGCGCUCGCCUCCGGCCACACCGUGCCCCCUGCCGUCAAGUACUUCUUUGACUUCCUGGACGAGCAGGCCGAGAGGCACGAGAUCAAGGACGAGGACACCAUCCACAUCUGGAAGACCAACAGCCUGCCCCUCCGCUUCUGGGUGAACAUUCUGAAGAAUCCCCACUUCAUCUUCGACGUCCACGUGAACGAGGUAGUCGAUGCCUCUCUGUCGGUCAUCGCCCAGACCUUCAUGGACGCCUGCACCCGGACCGAGCACAAGCUGAGCCGUGACUCCCCAAGCAACAAACUGUUGUACGCCAAGGAGAUCUCCACCUACAAGAAGAUGGUAGAAGAUUACUACAAAGGGAUUCGUCAGAUGGUACAAGUGAGCGACCAGGACAUGAACACGCACCUGGCCGAGAUUUCCAGGGCACACACGGACUCUCUGAACACGUUAGUGGCCGUUCACCAGCUGUAUCAGUACACGCAGAAAUACUACGAUGAGAUCACCAACGCGCUAGAGGAAGACCCGGCCGCCCAGAAGAUGCAGCUCGCCUUCCGUCUGCAGCAGAUCGCCGCCGCGCUGGAGAACAAAGUCACCGACCUCUGACCUCUGACCUCCGACCUCGGGCGCGAGAACAGCAAUAACUGCGUCCCCGGCCCCCCCCGGCCCAACCCCCGCCCUCCGCCGAAGAUGUUGAAAUUCCUUCUCCGCGGUCCAGGAAAUAGUGUUAUAUUUUUAUUGUCCCAUCUGGGCUGCGCUGGGCAGGGCAGCAUUUUUGAUAGCCGAGCCGCAAUGUAAAGAGAAUUUUUACUGUAAAUUUCGCUUCUGUCGGGAACCCGUGUGCGUGCGUUGACUCGGAGAGAGGCCGGUUGGAGAGGAGCAGAGGGAGCCCGGCCGGAGCCCGGCCGGAGCAGGGGCCCAGGGCAGCCGGUUCCCACCCAUCCAAGCCUCGGCCGUCCCGGAGCCGUGAGCCUUGGCGCCCGCCGGCCUGGCGCCUUGAGGUCCGCCCGCCCCGGAUACGGCGCCCCUCCCCACUGGGCUCAGGGAGUCAGCUAGCCAGAUGCAGGGGCUCGCUGGGUCCCGGGCCCCCCGGGGGCAUCAGGCUGAGGGAUUUGAGGGUCUCGCUUUCCGAACCACGAGUGUCCCGGUCGCGGCGGCGACGCUAAUGUGCCUUAUCCGAACUUUGGGGUCGGGGAGGGGCUAAGGCCCGCCCCGCCCCACUCCGCCGCCGCAGGGAGACGUCGUGUGUGCGUCGGGGGGACCGGGGAGAGGGGGGAGGUCCGCCAGACCCUCGGGGGGGUUGGAGGCCGUCCCCGUCGACCGAACAGGGAUAGCGGCUGGGCUGCCGGUCCAGCCCCCACGCACGGAGACGAGGCGGCGACCCCUGAUCCCGGCCACCGGGGUCGAGCGGCAGGUAGGAGGAGGAAAAAUAGGUACGUCCCUGUGCCCCCCGCCCCCCGCCCUCCUCCCCCAACCCACCUCCAGCCUCCCACCGGGUUCGGCUCCUCGGGACCGGCCGGAUCGACGGAGAGACGGAUGGAGAGGUGGUCUCGGCCCAGCCGUCUCGGUCUCAGAGGAACGGGAGGCCUCCUGUUUUAUAUCGAAACGUGUCUGUGUGUAGUCUCGGGCCUCUUUGGAAGAGGAGUCAGCCUGGCAGGAUUGCUGGGGAGAGAGCAGUCCCACCCCUUCACCGUGUGUCAGUCUUGUUCAUUGUCCAGCAAAUAUAAUGUUCUUUUCCACCAAA